AUGAGUCAGAAUGAUGAGAUGCAGGAGAGGUCUCCAAGUGAUGAUUCCCAGCAAGGGUACCAGUCGCCAAAUGCUGUAACAUCCAAUACUGACAGACAGCUCAAUGGUAAGAUCAGGCUGAGGCCAAAUGAUGAAAUGGUGAGGUCGUCCAGUGGUGAUGAAUGUGAUGAUGGUCAGCUAGGGUACCAGUCGUUGGUAGUUCUACAACCCCACCCCGACAUACAUCAAAGUGACCAGAUUUUGAAUGGAAUGCGACUUUCAAUAACAGUGAGCCUGCAUCACAACCGAAUUUCCGAAAUUAUUGGGCACUUUUCUCUUUUGCCGGACCUUGAAACAAUAAUUUUGCACAACAAUAAGCUCAAAGGAAUAAAUUCUGCAACUUUUUCAAAUAAUUCACAUCUCAGAGAGUUAGAUUUGUCAUAUAAUGAAAUUUCACAUAUUGACGAACAUUCGUUUAACAAUCUCAAAUCAUUGCUAUACUUGAAGCUCGAAAGCAAUAAGUUGUCAUCGCUACCACGUCAUUUGUUUAAUGACUUGGGAAACCAGCUAGCAUGCAACUGUUCCAACAAAAACCUCCAAAACUGGUUGAAUGUAGACUCUGGUCUAAGGGUUUUAAACUACAUGUGCGUAAACGGAGAUGGAACUAUGGGAGAUUUCCUAACCAAAGAACUCGACUGUAAAACUCCAUCCGAGCACGUAGAUAUAAAGUCGGCAGUGAUCUCGAUUGCGCUUAUACUUGCUGUUGUGUUUGUUUCAUCCGCAAUAGUAUUUUACAAACGACAUGAAAUACAUGUCAUUGCGUUUUAUAAGUUUCACAUUCGUCUUAAAUGUUGGUGCAAGUAUCGGCGAAAAGAUUAUACAAACUAUAAGUAUGAUGCUUUUAUUAGCUUUGUGGAUCAUGACAUGAGUUUUGUUAGAAAUGAUUUACUUACCCUUUUAGAGCCGCAAUAUAGUGUGUGCAUCUACUACAGAGACUUUCCUGUAGGCGAAGAUAUAGCAGAAGCUAUUUUAAAAGCAAUCAAAACUAGCGCGGUUACACUUGUGGUUCUAAGCAAGGAAUAUCUAGCAAGUCGAUGGGGAAUGUUUGAAUUUAGAGAAGCGCACCACGCUGCAAUGCUGAAUGAUAAUCAUCGAGUAAUUGUCGUUAUACCAGAUAGAGAUGUUUUGCACAUGAAAUUAGAUUUGACGUUACGUAGUAUCUUAUAUUGCAAGGCCUACCUUGAGACAGCUGAUAUUUUGUUUAAGGAGAAGUUAUUACAUAUUAUGCCAGAACAAAGUGUGAACUCCAUUGAAGAAGCAGACCAAGAGGAUGCCAUAGAAACAGACUUGAUCAGUGUUUGA